AUGCGGGCUAUCCUCGUUGAGACUAACAUUGGAAUGGAGCAAACUCACGCCAACAGUCCAGUAAAAGGGUGCAAGUCCAAGUCAGCACCCUUCACCAUUCAACUAUUGGGUCCCAUCAACAAGCAGGAUGAACCCAACCAUUCAAUCAACAAGGUCGAUCCAUAUCCGAACCUCUUUCCAGCAUCCUAUUGCACACAAUCCUACGACCUGGCAUCACCAAGCGACAACUAUUCUACUUUGAUCGCGUCAGAACUUGACAUCCAGCGCCUCAACAGAAUCCACCGAUGGCUAUGGAUGGCAGGCAACGCUGUGCCUGCUCGGUCGCUUCAUGACCAACUUUUUAGGGGCCGCGAGGUUAUCAUUACAGAGGCAAUGGACAUGCAUCUUGUAUGGACAACAGGAAAGAUCUUCAUCAAACCACUUCCUCGGUUUUUGCUUGAGCCCACUGUUUGGACAGAGUAUCUGUGUUGCAAAGAGAGCUGCGAGUGUUUAAGCCAGCUGAACACUGAUGCCCAGCCCAUGGAAUGUGAGCGACGGGAGCUCUACAAAGUAGCUCUCGGAUUUCUCUAUUCCUAUGCCGCUCUCAUCCGUCACGAGAGUGACUUUUUACUGGCGAAAGACAGAUAUCUGCUGCCCAACUGUGACAUCAACCCGCGAUUCCACCAUAAAGAGCUACGACUAAGUAGGCUGAACCACAUUUACUACUUUACUCAAACUAAUCCGGCGGGAUUUAUACGACAAUGGGACCGGUACUCAACCUUCUUCCACUCGAACCUCGGUUGGCUGGCUGCUACAACUGUCUACAUAGUUGUCGUCCUUACUUCUAUGCAGGUUGGACUUGCUACAGACACACUGGCUGGGAACAGCGCUUUCCAGUCUGUGUCGUAUGGCUUUACCGUGUUCUCAAUUCUCGGGCCAUUGAUAUGUGCUGGUCUAAUUGUUGUAGUAUUUGCAUGUAUGCUGGUCUUUGACACAUCGCAUACGCUUGCUCAAUUGAGGAGGCGAGUAGAGCAUUUCGGGCUACAUCGUAGUAACCGGGGAACGAGAUAG